GGGGAGGGGAGGAGAGGAGGGAGCGAGAGAGAUUGUAUCAGGUGUGGCGGGUGGGUCAUUUUAUCUGGCAGAACACAUCUCGCUCACCAAGGGCACCUGGCGCCAACAAGCGAUGGCAGCCGAUGACGACACAAGCCUCUGCUAGGUCCCUGAGAGCAGGCUUGUGGAAGCGCCUGUGCGACAACAGGCGCACGUUCCGAGGCAAUGCCAGUCUCUCCGGGCUGGGACAGUUCUGUGCCUGAGGGGAGGCCCAGGCUGGGAACCACUGUGCCAUCUCUAGGGAGCUGUCACUCAUACCUAGCCAGCCAAUCAGAGCCUUCAGACAUAGCUGUUAGUCAGAAUGAGGCGGGCACAUCCGGUCCCCUAUACUGAAGGCUAGGCUGUGUCUAAUCCGGAGUCCUGGAAUGUGACCCUCUGCCGGGAGCUGCGAGGAGAGCGGGGCGAGCUCGGUGUCCACGCCAUGAUCAUUACACAGAACAGGUUGGCCCAGAAAUUAGAGAUUCACCUGCUUCUGCCUCCUGAGGUCUAAGAUUAAAGUGAGUUGGUGAUUGCAUUUGAAAUUCUCUGAGUUGGAAUUAAUAUGCUGGUCAUAUAGAAUUGUGAUACAGUGACCUAUGAGGAUGUGCAUGUAAACUUCUCUCGAGAAGAGUGGGCUUUGCUGGAUCCUUCUCAGAAGAGUCUAUACAAAGAUGUGAUGCUGGAGACCUACUGGAACCUUACUUGUAUAGGCUAUAAAUGGGAAGAGCACAAUAUUGAAGAUCAUCAUCAAAGUUCUAGAAGACAUGGAAGGUAUACCAACUGUCCCUCUGGAUAUGGAAAGAAGCAGUGUACCGAUCUGUUUCCUAGAACAAUUAGAACAUAUGUAGUCAUUCCCUUUGUGAGAAGAGGAGGUGAAUGUGAUACAAGUUUACAAGUACUUGGUUUUCCUGCUUCAGUGGAAAAACAUCAAAAUACUGACAUUGGAGAAAAGCCCUAUGAGUACAAGGAAAGUAGAGAAUCUUCUGUCUGUCCUGGUUCACUUUGCACAUGUAGUGUAACUCACACUAUAGAAAAAUGUUUUGAAUGCAAUCAGUGUGGUAAAUCUCUGAGUUCUUCUAGUUCUCUUCAGAGAGAUAACCAAACUCGUAUGGGAAAAGGAAGUGAUAACUGUGAGCUAAGUAGUAACAGCUUAACCCAUCACAGGCAUCCUCAAAUACAGAAGACAACCUAUAAUGAAGAGAAUCUUUAUGAGUGGAAUCAAUGUGGAAAAUCCUCUUUACAGUUACACCAAAGAACUCAUUUGGAAAUGAAAUACUGUGAAUAUAAUCAAGAAGAUAAACUCAUUUCACAUCAGAAUUGUAGUCAAGUAGGUAGACCUAAUACUAGAGACACAAAGCAUGCCUAUCAUCAGUGGGGUAAAGCCUUUGUGUGUUCCAGUUAUCUUCAAAUACAUGAAAGAAUUCACACUGAAGAGAAUCCCUAUGAAUGUAGUCAAUGUGGUAGAGUCUUUACAUGCCACAGCGCUCUUCAAAUCCAUGAAAGAAUUCAUACUGGAGAGAAACCCUAUAAAUGUAAUCAAUGUGGUAAAACCUUUGCAUGUAAGAGAUAUCUUCAAGUCCAUGAAAGAAUUCAUACUGCAGAGAAACCCUAUAAAUGUAAUCAAUGUGGUAAAACCUUUGCAUGUAAUAGUUAUCUUCAAAUGCAUGAAAGAAUUCAUACUGGUGAGAAACCCUAUAAAUGUAAUCACUGUGGUAAAGCCUUUGCAUGUAACAGCAAUCUUCAAAAGCAUGAAAGAAUUCAUACUGGAGAGAAACGUUAUAAAUGUAAACAAUGUGGUAAAGCAUUUGCAUAUAGCAGUAAUCUUCAAAAGCAUGAAAGAACACAUACUGGAGAGAAACCCUAUGAAUGUAAUCAGUGUGGUAAAGCCUUUACAUGUCACAGUAGUCUUCAAAUCCAUGAAAGAAUUCAUACUGGAGAGAAACCCUAUAAAUGUAAUCAAUGUGGUAAACUCUUUGCACGUAAAAGGUAUCUUCAUAUUCAUGAGAGAAUACACACUGGAGAGAAACCCUAUGAGUGUAAUCAAUGUGGUAAAUCCUUUGCAUAUAGCAGUAGUCUUCAAAAGCAUGAAAGAAUUCACACUGACAAAAAAAAUUCUCCAGCUAAGAAAUAACUUUGCAUACCAAAUCUUUUUUCCCUUGGGCUCACUCCCUGGUGCUUGAUUAAGAUUACUAGAAUCAUGUGUGUUCUUUUGUGAUUCGGUUACCUCACUCAGGAUGAUAUUUUCUAGUUUCAUCCAUUUGCCUAAGAAUAUCACGAAUUCAUCGCUUUUAAUAGCUGAGUAGUACUCCACUGUGCAAAUGUAACACAUUUUCUGUAUCCAUUCCUCUGUUGAAAGUCAUUUGGGUUCUUUCCAUCUCUUGGCUGUUAUAAAUACGGCUGCUAUGAACAUAGUAGAGCAUGUGUCCUUGUUACAUGUUGGAGCAUCUUUUGGAUAUAUGUCUAGGAGUGGUAUAGCUGGAUCCUCAGGUAAUACUAUGAGCAAUUUUCUGAGGAACCGCCAGACUGAUUUCCAGAGUGGUUCUACCAGCUUGCAAUCCCACCAACAAUGGAGGAGUGUUCCUAUUUCUCCACAUUCUUGCCAGCAUCUGCUAUCACUUGAGGUUUUGAUCUUAGCCAUUCUGACUGGUGUGAGGAGGAAUCUCAGGGUUGUUUUGAUUUGUAUUUCCCUGAUGACUAGGGAUUAUGAACAUUUCUUUUUUUAAUUAGAUAUAUUUUUUAUUUGCAUUUCAAAUGAUUUCCCCUUUCCUGGUGUCCUCCCCUCCACACCCACUGAAAGUCCCAUAAGCCAUCUCCCUUCCCCUGUUCCCCAGUCAACCCUCUUCAGCUUCCCUGUCCUGGUAUUCCUCUACACUGCUGCAUCGAACCUUUCCAGGACCAGGGGCCUCUUCUCCUUUUGAUGUCCAACAAGGCCAUCCUCUGCUGCCUAUGUGUCUGGAGCCAUGGGUAAUACCAUGUGUACUGUCUGGUUGGUGGUUUUGUUCCUGGGAGCUCUGGGAGUACUGAGUGGCUCAUGUCGUUGUUCUUCCUUUGGCAGUGCAAACCCCUUCAGCUCCUUGGGUCCUUUCUCUAGCGCCCCCAUUGGGGACCCUGUGCUCAGUUCAAUGGCUGGGUGAGAGUGUCCCCCUCUGUGCUAGCAGAGCCUCCCAGGUAACAGGUAUAUCCGGCUCCAGUCAGCAAGAACUUGUGGGCAUCCAUAAUACUGUCUGGGUUUUGUAACUGUAUAUGGGAUGGAUCACUAGGUGGGGUAGUCUCUGGAUUGUCUUUCCCUCAGUAUCUGCUCCACACUUUUUCUCUGCAUCUCCUUCUAUGAGUAUUAUUUUCCUCCUUCUAAGAAGGACCAGAGUUUCCAUACUUUGUCCUUCCUUCUUCUUGAACAUCAUUUGAUAUGUGAAUUGAAUCUUGGAUAUUCCAAGCUUCUGGGCUAAUAUCCACUUAUCAGUGAGUGCAUACCAUAUGUGUUCUUUUGUGAUUGGGUUACCUCACUCAGGAUGAUAUUUUCUAGUUUCAUCCAUUUUCCCAAGAAUAUCAUGAAUUCAUUGCUUUUAAUAGCUGAGUAGUACUCCAUUAUGCAAAUGUCACAUUUUCUGUAUUCAUUCCUCUGUUGAGGAACAUCUGGGUUCUUUCCAGCUUCUGGCUAUUAUAAAUAAGGCUGCUAUGAAUAUAGUGGAGCAUGUGUCCUCAUUACAUGCUGGGGAAUCCUCUGGGUAUAUGCCCAGGAGUGGUAUAACAAGGUUUUCCAAUAGUAUCGUGCCCAGUUUUCUGAGGAACCUCCAUACUGAUUGCCAGAGUGGUUGUACCAGCUUGCAAUUCCACCAGCAGUGGAGGAGUGUUCCUCUUUCUCCACAUCGUCGCCAACACCUGCUGUCUCCUGAGUUUUUAAUCUUAGCCAUUUUGACUGGUGUGAGGUGAAAUCUCAAGGUUGUUUUGAUUUGCAUUUCCCUGAUUACUAAGGAUGUUGAACAUUUCUUUAGGUGCUUCCCAGCCCUUCAAGUUUCCUCAGUUGAGAGUACUUUGUUUAGUUCUGUUCUCCAUUUUUUAAAAAUAGGAUUAUUUGGUUCUCGAGUCUAACUUCUAUGCACUCACUGGUAAGUGGAUAUUAGCCCAAAAGCUCAGAAUAUCUAAGAUACAAUUCAUAGACCAUGUGAAGCUGAAGAGGGAAAACCAAAUUGCUUCAGUCCUUAGAAAGAUGGACAAAAUAUGGCGACAAAAUGCAGAGCAGAGACUGAAGGAAAGGGCAUUCAGAGAUUGUUCCACUUGGGGAUUCAUCCCAGAUAACAGUCAACAAACUCAGACACUAUUGUGGAUGCCGAGAAAGGCUUGCUGAAAGGAGCCCGAUACAGCUGUCUCCUGAGAGCCCCUGCCACAGUCUUGCAAAUACACAAUUGGAUGCUUGCAGCUAACCAUUGCAGUGAGUUCAGGGUCUUCAGUGGAGGAGUUAGAGAAAGAACUAAGGAGCUCAAGGGGUUUGCAAUACCAUAGGAAGAACAACAGUAUCAACUUACCAGACCUCCCAGAGCUCCCAGGGACUAAGCCACCAACCAGGGAGUACACAUGGCUCUGGCUGCAUAUUUAGCAGAGGACAGUCUUGUCUGGCACCAAUGGGAGGAGAGGUCCUUUGUCCUCUAAAGGUUCAAUAGAUGCCCCAGUGUAGGGGAGUCGAGGGA